ACUGGCCCCUUAUAGCUUAAUAUUUACUGACUGAAAAGUCUGAAGUACUUAGGGGAAGGUAGGGCUAUUAACCCGGAGCCACAUAAAAGAGUGUUUUUAUAUUGCCUGGCAGACUUCGGUGAAUUAGUGUGUCUCUUUCAGUAUUCCAGCCAUGCAAGAAACAGAAGGCUCAUCAGUUUUCCACAAAGGAUGUCAUUUCUUUAAAUGAAGACCUUGGUGUGGCUGAACAAGCAGCUCUGCGUGUGGGCAGGAAGGGGAACUGGUGUGACUGUACUUCCUCUAAGUCUCAGGAUGAGACAUAAACAUCAGCUGUGAUGCUCCACAUUCUGACAGAGUUCUCCUUUUACUCUGGGGAAAUGAUCACUUCAGAGUCUGUUGCCUGUUGCAUCUGAAAGGCCAGACAAGCAGUGUCUGCAAUGAUUCAAAAAUGUAUUGCUGUGUCCCUUUUUCUCUUUUCUGCUGUGCCCGAGGAUAUCCCUGUGAGAGCACUUUCACUUUCCCCAAACAGUCCCAAGCAUAAUGUGGUAAUGGUAAUGAGCGACGCCUUUGAUGGAAGAUUAACCCUUCUUCCUGAAAAAAGCUUGGUGUCCCUUCCAUACAUAAACUUUAUGAAACAGCAUGGGGCCUUAUUUCUGAAUGCCUACACAAACUCUCCUAUCUGCUGUCCCUCCCGUGCAGCUAUGUGGAGUGGUCUGUUUCCCCAUUUAACAGAAUCAUGGAAUAAUUACAAGUGCCUAAAUUCAGAAUACCCAACAUGGAUGGACAAAGUGGAGAAGAAUGGAUAUGUUACACAACGGCUAGGAAAACAAGAUUACACAAGUGGUUCUCAUUCUCUAAGUAACCGUGUAGAAGCCUGGACUCGAGAUGUUCCUUUUUUGCUCAGACAAGAAGGCAGGCCCUGUGCCAACCUUACUGGAAACAAGACCCAGACUCGAGUUAUGACACAGGACUGGAAGAAUGCAGAUACAGCGGCAGGAUGGAUACAAAAAGCAGCUCAAAACAGUUCACAGCCCUUCUUUCUCUAUUUGGGUCUAAAUUUGCCACAUCCCUAUCCUUCAGAAAACAUGGGAGAGAAUUUUGGAUCCUCCACAUUUCUAACUUCUUCUUACUGGCUUCAAAAGGUGUCAUAUAAGAAUGUUACUGUUCCUGAGUGGAAACCAUUGCAAAGCAUGCAUCCGGUGGAUUACUACUCGUCUUACACAAAGAAUUGCACUGCACCCUUUACAGACCAGGAAAUCCGAGAUAUAAGAGCAAAUUAUUAUGCUAUGUGUGCCGAGGCAGAUGGCUUACUUGGUGAGAUCAUUUCAGCACUGAAUGAUACAGGACUUCUGAGUAGGACCUAUGUGGUGUUCACUUCAGACCAUGGAGAGCUUGCCAUGGAGCACCGACAGUUUUAUAAAAUGAGCAUGUACGAAGGAAGCUCCCAUGUCCCUCUGCUAAUAAUGGGACCCGGAAUAAGUCCAGGACAGCAAAUAUCAACUAUAGUGUCACUUGUGGAUCUUUACCCUACAAUGCUUGAAAUUGCAGGAGUUCAAAUUCCUCAAAAUAUUAGUGGAUUUUCCCUUAUGCCUUUAUUGUCUGCACGUUCAGAAAAGAAUGUACCAUCCUGUACCAAUGCACAUCCUAACUGGGCACUGAGUGAGUUUCACGGAUCCGAUGCAAAUGCUUCAACCUACAUGCUUAGGGAUAAUUACUGGAAGUACAUUGCAUAUGCUGAUGGGGAUUCAGUGAUUCCACAGUUGUUUGAUUUAUCAUCUGAUCCAGAUGAGCUAAGAAAUGUAGCUGCGCAGGUUCCUGAGAAGGUACAAGAAAUGGAUAAGAAGCUUCGUUCCAUUAUUGACUAUGCAAAAGUGUCUGCCUCUGUCCAUGUGUACAACAAGCAGCAGUUUGCUCUCUGGAAGGCAAGCAUAGGGGCAAACUACACAAAUGUAAUUUCUAACCUACGGUGGCAUUCGGACUGGAACACAAGACCAAAUACGUACGAAAUGGCAAUAGAGAAGUGGCUGAAAAGCACACGCCAACAUUAAAACAAAAAACAGAUUAUUUUCCCGAUAUUCAAUAUAAUUCUCAACUAUUGCUCUUGCAUUCCUUCUGUCCUCAACAUGUAAUGCUGUGUGGCAGUUUAUUGAAAUUACAGGAAAACAGCACUUUUAUGAUAUAGAAUUCAAUAUACAAUGUACAGUACAAUCAAGUAAGGCAAAGUUGCCAGUAUUAGAGGGUCGUCUACCCCCUUGUCCAACAUGAGUGAAAUGAAUAGGACGUGUGCUGAACAUUCUUUUAGCCUAAUGUUUUAUUCAUGAAAAAAUCAAUGUUUUUGUGAUUUCUUAUGCUAUAAAAGGAAACAGAAGCUACUCCGUGUUUUGUUCUUGUAAAAGGAGAUAAUUAUAUUACCAGUGUACAGAUAGACCUCCUGAAUAAAGCCAGAGAUACACGAUUAAUGCUCUCCUACCUGCGGUAAUGUAAAUUACCAGUAGGAAGAAAAUGCAUUGCUUCAGCUUUCCAAAGUCAUCUUGAGGCAGAGAAUUCAGAGGAAACUAGUCACCACCACUAGAGGCAUUAAAAAAGGUGUACUGCUAAACAGAGCCUCAUUUAGGCUGCCAGCUCACAUAAGGGCUACCAAACAGCCAUCACAGCCUUUAAAUGGUACCACCAGGUACAUUUUGCUCCCCAACUCUUAUCACAUUUGAAUGUGGGUCAUGGGUAAAAAAGGUAGGGGAUCCCUGAUCUAACAAAACAGACAUCACAUGCGUGAAGAGAGGGCGUUGCAUUCGGAUGAUCUAACUGCUGUCUGAUAAUCCUUUGUGCUCACACAUUCACACUUUAGAAUGUUAUAAUUUGUAAUGCUAUUAUACGUGCAACUCCGAUAAUAACCCAGGAAGUAUGUUGUACAUGUACAGCUGGCUGGAACCAUGACCUGCAGCUCUUGGGCUGGUGGCACAAUGGGAGAUUAGUUACCUGCGAUAAAUCUUUACUACUGCGGGUGACUAAUCUUUCCAAAACGCCUUCCCAUUGGCAAGAAUGUGAAUUGCCGGUGGCAUGGCAUUCGCAUCACUUCGGUUUUCCAAAGUUGCCCAACUUCGGGUGACUUCGGAAAACUAAAGCAAUGGUUGCCAGUGGCAGGCCAAGCUAGAACUGCUCCUGACACCUUCGAUUGCACACCCCCUCCCCAGUGACGAAUGCAUAUUAACUGUCAGAGCAAGUGGCAGCUAUUUUGUAAACACACACCCCGCAUUUGCGCAGAAUAGCUGGCAGUCAUUGACAAUCUUCUGAACCUGAACUAUAAGGGAAACUGAAAACCAGAAAAAGUAUGUGCCUAGCACCCCCACCACCUCUGCUCCCUAGGCACAUGAUUCUUCUGCCUACCCCUAGUUUCAGCCCUGCUGGUUGCUAAACCAAAGGGUUGGAUGUGAAGCAAAGCAAAACAGCAAGUGCCAUUUAAGACUGACUUCCCCUUCAUAAAUUGCCUAUAGUAUCACACACCAAAGUCUCAAACAAUUGAUCUUUUUAUUGCUAUGUGGUUUAUAAUACAGUUUAUAUAUGUGCAUCUGGUUAUAGCUAAAUGUUGCACAGCACCAGGGAAAUGUAUUGGCUUUGUGCAAUCACAAUAGUGUUCCCUGGAGUUCCAGUCUGAAAGCAGUAAGACUUACUAACCAGAAGUACCUUGUUUUUCAUAACUACAAGCCACUUAAACUUUAGUCAAUCCCAGCUGGAUUAAACUAGUUUGUUUCAUCCACACGUAUGUUCCACUCAUUUAUUCUCCAUACAAUACUUUUAUUAUGUUAAGUAGAUUUAUGAACAGCUUCUUAAAUUGGCUUCUGCCUGACUAACAUCUCUAUCAGAUGAUUAAAAUUAUGCAAAAUCUCCAAUCUACCUACAUUCUAAUCUUCCCAAAAUGUUUUGUUUGAGAUGUUGUAAACAGUUAAUGAAUCCACAAUUAAUAAAUUAAUAGAUUCAUAUUAUAUUAAUAUAUCAAUAUCGUAAUGUAUUGUUUAUGUUACUAUAUUACAUAUUGAUAUUUUCUGUCAAAAAGUAGGUAAUUGAAUAAAAGUCAAUUACAUUUCUUAA